UCAAGCCUUGCAGAAGGUUCGUCUAGUUUAGGAGGAGCCACAACACCGUAUCCUGCUGGGAUGAAACUAAAGUUAUUUCUUACGUCUCUGGCGCUGGUUUCAUCUUUAAACUACGGUUUUUUUCCUACAGGUGACGAGUCGGAAUAAAUAUCGUUACAGGAAAGAGUCACAAUAGAGAUUUGUGAGUAAAUUCGGACGUUUUCCUUUCGCUUCUAUCAGCGUCAGGAACGCCACCCGCCGCUCCCUCGGAUAGCUUUCAUUUCGUUGUUGAACUCUGGACAAUAUUAUGCGCCGCAUUUCUUUAUAGUAAUCUAGAAUGAAGGAACUCGAGGGUGACUAUUAUUUUCCCUAAUAGGGUUCUAGAGUAGGGGUUGGAGUUAGAAAGAACACCUGGUUUACGGACAGGUAUUGCGCAGGUGUACAUGAUGUUAUUCGGUCUGUUCGUACUCCUUCAGCUGCUGAACGCAGGACAGCUGACCUCUGUGAAGAGGUUAAUCUCCCAACACGAAGCACCAGAAGACCAAGAAGUGUUUGUAGGUGAGGCAGACGCGAAUUUGUUCCUGGGUCGCCACCUGCUGCUCAAUCGCUUCGACUUUGAAAUGUUUGUUCAAGGCAACCUGGAGAGGGAGUGUAUUGAAGAGAUCUGCAAUUAUGAGGAAGCAAGGGAAGUCUUUGAAAACAUCCCGCAAACAGACGCCUUUUGGAAGGAAUACACGAAAAGCAAGGACAACACAUCAAAGGUGGAUGUGACGGCAAUUCUGGUGGGACUCAUUUGUUCUGGAGUGGUGGUUGUUGUCCUUGGCAUCUUGAUCUGGUAUUUGUGUCAAGCCAAAUGCAAAGGUGACCUAAACCGUCAUGCAAGUUUCACCCAUGGACGUCCCAGGAGGAGCAAUGCCUCCCUAAUAAUGCGAAGACUGGAUGAGGUCUCCAGGCAACCUGUGCUCUCUCCAACAUCUCUGCCCACUUUGGAUGUAGGAGCUCCUCCUGGCCUACCCUCAUACGAGCAGGCAAUCUCCUCAAGUGGACAGCACGACGCUCCACCUCCUCCCUAUCCUGGUUCAAGAUCUGGGAGUGAUCGACGGAAUAAUCUUUAAAAUUCAACAUAAGUUAAUGAAUGAAAAUGUAAAACUUUAAGUGAUGUCUACAUCAUGAGAUUUCAGAUGGUGACUUUAUACCUCUAAUUAUCGCCUUUAUGUAGCUAUUUGUCCUAAAUGGACAAUAUGGAUGUUCAAAAAUGUACAAAAGCAUGAUUUUGAUUAUUUGUCUUUAUUUUCCUGUUUAUAGUCAAUUCUGCCAUUUUCAAGCUGAAAAUGACAAAAAAAAAAACAAUAUAUCGUUCCGGUCAGGCAAAAAGCUUGUAUCUCCAAUUUUAUUCUUUUUUGUCAACAGUACCAUGUGACUUUGACCAAACACUAUGAGAUUAUACUCAUUUCAUUUCCUGAACAGUUCAGUCUUUGGAGAUAACAGGUUUUUGCCCGACAGCAACGAUAUAAAUGUUUUCUGCAAUGAUCCUUCUGGCUUCCAGGUUGGUCGGUUUGCUUAACAUCAUCUUUAGUGUCUUCCACAGAUUUCUUUUUGUGGGAUCUGGAACCUGCCAGAGACAUGGCCAAUUUUUUUUUUUAAACUUCAAAACUUUGGGAUGGUUACCAAAGAGACAGUGUAAGCUUAGAAAGAAAAUUGGACUUGGCUUUUUUCAUAUAAAAUACCAAAAUUAAAACAACGUUUCAGUUUAUUACAUUUCCAGUAGACCAAAGUGGACCAAACUACAUGCUUCUUUCAUUCUGUUAAGGUUUUAUUUAAGAUAUAAUCUUAGUUCUUGGUUUCCCCUUCUUGCCACAACACAUUUAUGCAUAUGUAAUUAAUAUUGUGUGGUUAUGCCAUUAAUUUCCCCACAUUCCUAUGUCGAUAAGCUUUAUAAUACAGUUGUUCCAGUUUGCUGCUCUUUAUGCAAAUGAUGAUGUGGAGUGUUUGCUUUAAAUCGCUGGAAUGCUAAUUGUUCCCCAGAAGUGCUGAUUCUUAUGGAUCACAUACCAAGGAAUGCAGUGUGUUUUUGUGAAGGAGGCGAACAUGAGUUGUUGUAGAAGUUCCUCAAAGUGAAAGCCUGAAACUGCCUUAAUUUCCUUGGGGGUAAAAACUGCCAUUAAAGAAAUGCUUUAAGUGUAUUUUAUACACUAGUCUUCCAGCUUUGCCUCUAAUUCACUGUUAAUUUUCAACUUAUUUCUUCAUUUUGCUUUUAUAAAAAUUUUAUUUUUUUCUUCCGGCUUUCAAUGUGAGGAAUGUACACCAACAAUGCACUCGUAUGUGAAGUCCCUGUUUUCCUGUCAUAGUUUAUGCUUAGAUGAAAUAUUAAAUUUAUUCUUAAUUUAUAUGAUAAUAAAUUAUCUAAAUGUAUGCUUCAGAUUUUUGACAUUUUAACUUAUGUUCAGUCUUUUAAGAUUAUUUCAAAACAUUUCUGCAAUUGACAAGUACAACUAAAACCUGUUUAACAAAAGAAAUUAACCAAAAGUUGUAGCUUCAGUACCUAAAAGUUUUAAAUGUACAACUGUCAUUAAGGGUAUUAAAAGCAGAUGUACCUUAAACAUAUUUUUUUCUGUAUUUUUAAAUAAAAUUCUAUUUUAAUUA